CCGCCUUGAGCAGUGGUCCACCGAUCUCUCAAGUUGCUAAUGAAAGUCGCUCGCUGCCUCCCAGUCUGACUCGUCCACCCAUGCCAUCCAGGUGUCUGCUCAUUUGUCGAAUAUGCCCUUGACGUAUUCCUUGCCCUUUUCCCUCCACCCCUUCGUCUGCCACAGACGGUCAAUCUCCUCUUCGGCACCAUACAGACUCACCUCAACCGCACCACCCUCCUCUGCAGCCAUUCACACAGAAACACAUGGGCAGUGAGUGGUGUCUCUGUCUGUCCGUCUGUGUGCCGGGUGGGUGGGUGGGGGGAGAUGGCUUCUUUGUCCUCACCUUUAGACGGCUGCAGCUGCACACGCACCGCCUCUUCCCUCUCGGCGUUGUCAGUGUAGUACUUACCUGAGCACAUCGCCACACCACACACUCACACAGUCGACAGGAUGCAAAUCAAUCUGCCUUCGCUGCUGACCGGCGAGUGGGCUUGCGAGCGUUGCGAGGAACCACAAAUUGCCGAGUCCCUUGCCCUUGCCCAGUGCGCUCUCCUCUGCCACAAUGAGCACCAGUGCCAGUGUGGCCAGCGAGAGGAAGGUCAUGGCCGUGAGGAAAAGGGCCUGACCCCUGUCGGGCCGGUACAAACCUGCAUAGGCACAUACAUAAAUCAUGUGUGGCGCAGAUACGACGAGUGAAGAGCAGCAGGGCAGAUGUCUGUGUGUGUGUGUGUGUGCUCCAGGCCUGUAGACCUCUGAAGAUGAUGUAUUCUUCUGAGGGCUCUGGGCGGUAGUUGAGGUCAAGGAAGUGCCGAUAGACCUGGUUAGCCGUGUCGUCCAUCGUCGACGGCGCAAGGUAGAUCUGCACACAACCAACCACAAGACCGACCAACUCGUGCAGCAGACGCCAGCCAACAACCACCCCAGCGCCGCCCUGCCCGCUCACCUUGCUGACCAUCUUUGACUUUGUCGAGCGCUUGAUGAGCGACCACAGGCCAGGGAAAGACAGCACAUAGAGGAACAGCGUGGCGAAGUAGCUGGCCUUCGAGUAGCCGCUGCCCUCCUGUGUCAGCGCCGAUGUCUGCGCCUCGGCUAUGCUCGACCACAGCAGGGGCGCGAUGGACAGCACCGACGAGCCGAUGCUGCCGGCGGGAUCUGCCGCAACAGGGAAGGGGAAGAACUCAUGGGUUGGAUGUGCCGACCUCGGUGUUGUUGGCUUUGGCGGCCUCGGUCGGACUGUGAGUCUCGGAGGUGAGAACGCAAGCGCAGGAGUGCAGACGAGCAGGCAGGCAACACUGAGAAGCUUCAUUUUGCAGGAG